AUGCGGCUGCCGAUGAUCAGCUGCAGCGCCACCGAGGAGGUCAGCGGCGCCGUGGCGUCCGUCACCGUGGAGCAGAUGCUGACGGUGUCGGCCACGGUGGAGGCGUCGCCGACCAUCGGGCAGAUGUACUUCGAGCGCGCCCUCGACGACGUCCGCGACCUCCUCGGCAAGACGCUGCUCAUGGAGCUCGUCAGCUCCGAGCUCGACGCAAAGACGGGUCUGGAGAAGCCGCGGGUGACGGCGUUCGCGCACAAGACGCUGCGGGAGGGCCACUACGAGGCGGAGUUCAAGAACGAGCACCACAAGGAGAUCUUCAUCAGGGAGAUCAAGCUCGUCACCGGCGGCGACAGCAGCACCGCCGUCACCUUCGACUGCAACUCCUGGGUGCACUCCAAGUUCGACAAGCCGGAGAAGCGCAUCUUCUUCACCCUCAAGUCCUACUUGCUGUCCGACACGCCCAAGGGCCUGGAGGACCUGAGGAAGAAGGACCUGCAGGAACUGCGCGGAGACGGGAGCGGCGAGCGCAAGGCGUCCGAGCGCGUCUACGACUACGACGUGUACAACGACCUGGGCGAUCCGGACAAGAACCCCGACCACCAGCGGCCCAUCCUCGGCGGCAGCAAGCGGUUCCCGUACCCGCGCCGGUGCCGCACCGGCCGUGCCCGGACCAAGAGGGACCCCCAGACGGAGAAGCGCGACGGGCACCACUACGUGCCCCGCGACGAGCAGUUCUCGGAGGUGAAGCAGCUCACGUUCGGGGCCACCACGCUGCGCUCGGGCCUGCACGCGCUGCUAGCUGCCGGCGAUCAGGCCGAUGCUGAUCAAGAAGGAGCUGCGCUUCCCGCACUUCCCGGCCAUCGACGAACUCUACAGCAACGGCAUCCCGCUGCCGGCGCAGACCGGAUUGGACGCCAUCCGCAGCGUCGUCCCGCGCGUGGUCAAGCUGGUGGGGGACACCACCGAUCACGUACUCCGCUUCGAGGUCCCGGAGAUGAUAGAGAGUAA